CUUCUCCCCAACUAUCUGUUUUGUUUACCUCCAUUUUUUCUCUUGAUAUAUAUUUCCUUCCUUCCUUCUCAGUCUCGGAAAAAUCCUUUCCCUUACUUCCUCUCCCCUAAACAUGGAAAAUCCACUCCAAAGAAAACCCACUAAAAGAUCCAAACAGAAGAAAAAGCCUGUAAGGGUUGUGUACAUAUCCAACCCCAUGAAGAUCAGGACCUGCGCCUCCCGAUUCAGGUCCCUGGUACAAGAGCUUACGGGUCAGGAUGCCGAAUUGCCCAACCGCACUAAAUUUAUGGAUGCUGAUGAUGACGUUGAUAGCAAUCAGACGACCCCCGACGCUACUAAAAUAGUUGGUGAUGAUCGUGGGGCGGUGGUUCCCACUGUGGUAGAAGCCGAGCAGGAGAAGGCAGCGGAAAGGAAUAAUGAUGGCGAUUUGGACGAUGAUUUUACUCAGCUUCUGGAGAAUUUAGCACCAAUCUUUUAUUACGAGUCUGUUCACACAGAUAUCCCCAGGGAUUGGUGAUCUGAAUGAAACACUACUCAAUUUCCAAAGAAGGUCACAUGGGUAAAUUCUCACAAGUUUUUAAGUUCUAACGUGGAUCAUCUGCCUACCUUAUAACUAAGUAGGAACUACAUCAUUAAAAUAUCUAGCAUCGAUGCUUGACUCAUUUGUGUAAAAGUCCAGUGACCUCUUCUGUUAUUGUGUAUGAUAAACAUUUCUUUGCAUG